AAAGGAUGUGAUACCUAGAUAGUCCCGUAUAUUUUCUUUCCGGUCACACUGGAAAAACAAGUUGUAGUGACUGGCAUAAUCUAUAGGGGCCGGAAAAUCCCUGCAAAUCGGAAGAUUUUCCGGAAAUCGCGACAUUUUAUAGAUCGUUACGUCACCGGAAACAUGUGUAACGUUUUCAGUGCAGCGUGCGCAGAAAACCAAUGACAGGUGCACGGAGUAGUUCCGUGUUACUGGUUGAAUUUUCCAUUAAUUAACAGAUGUCAGGCCGCGAGACUAAAUCGAUUCAAAUCUAAAGGUAAUUAUUAAUCGUUCUGAUGCGUGUAAAUUAUUAUAUAAUCCAAAUUUAGUGAGAUAUUCAAGAAAACGAGGAUCGAGUUUUAGGCGCAAGAUCGACGGUUACGUCACCACUUUAUGUGUACGAUAGAUUACUUGCCGGUAGAUUAGUCCUAUUUUGGAAGAAAAACUUUUGGUCCUUGUUAAUAAAUGAUCAAAACAUCUACAUACGAUAUUUUUAUUUAUUUAUUAAUUGGUUAAUGAUGUUGGGAAAUAACGUAGCUGGAUUUAUAUAACAGAAUGAUACUAUACAAGUGUGUCUGCCUUCGUCGGUAAUGUAAACAAAUAUGGCGGGGCAACAGUACGCCGGCGAGCUGGCGCAGGUAUUACCGGAGUAUCAUCAGAUUUACCAAGAAAUAUUUUUAGAUGAAGAUAGUGACGAAUUUGAAGGUUUUGACAUCAACGAUAUUGAUGAUAUUUCCGAGGAAGAAACGGGAUUUCACGACAAUAAUUGGGUCGAAGGCAGCAAGGAACCAUCUACUUUCACUUUUACCGGUAAUGCCGGUAUCAACACGGAAGUCUUGCCAGUACCUGAAGAAGGUAGCUUAUCAUAUUUGGAUUACUUUGAGUGUAUUUUUACUGACAACAUACUUGAAAUGAUUGUAGAGGAAACCAAUAGAUAUGCUGCCACGUACAUUCAAACACACACAGAUCUUCCAAGUCACUCUCGGUAUCGGAAAUGGACAGACACAACAGUUGGAGAAAUGAAAGCUUUCAUCGGAAUGACGAUUGCUAUGGGCCUUGUUCAGCAGAUGGAUAUACAGGACUAUUGGUCCAAUGAUGUUGUGAUAAACACACCAUUUUUCAGGUCAGUGAUGUCAAGAGAUAGAUUCCUAUCACUCCUAAGUGUACUUCACCUGGCAGAUAAUACUGCGUCAGUUCCUAGAGGGCAACCAGGCUACUCUCCUUUGCAAAAACUUGGAGACCCGUACAAAGAGAUCCUUUCUAACUUUCAGAGGUGUUACAAUCCAAGCAAGAACAUUGCGAUUGAUGAAGGGAUGAUACCGUGGAGAGGGAACCUGCAUUUUAGAGUUUAUAGCCCUGACAAGCCCAUUAAAUAUGGACUGAAAGUUUACAUGUUGUGUGACUCUGACAAUGGCUAUUGUAGCCGCAUGGAAUUAUACACUGGUCAUGGAGGACAGAAUAUGGCACCAAGUCAGUUUGGAGCAACAUAUGAUCUAAUCAUGCGUCUUGCUGAUCCUUUUCUUAACAAAGGCUACCAUUUAUACAUGGAUAACUACUUCAGUAGUCCACACUUAUUCUAUUCCUUGUAUCUCAACGGAACCUUGGCAUGUGGUACUUUGCGAAAAAACAGACGUGGUGUUCCUCAGGCUCUAAAGAACCGGAACCUGAUUAGAGGCGAGAUGUUCACAAUGAACAAUGACAUGCUUGUUGCAGUCAAGUACGCAGACAAAAAGGAUGUACAUCUUCUUACAACAAUACACAAAGGUGUCAUGGUAGACUCUGGUAAAAGAGACCAGGAAGGAAUUGAAAUAAGGAAACCUGACUGCAUACUUAGUUAUAACAAAUAUAUGGGUGCUGUUGAUCGAUGCAACCAGAUGGUAGCAUAUGGAAGUUUUGAACGACGCACUUUGAAGUGGUGGAAAAAGGUAUUUUUUCAUGUAAUUGGCCUUGCUGUGCUAAAUUCGUACAUCAUCUACAAAACAAGAUGUCAGCAACCUGUCCUGCAGAGAGUGUUUCGAAGAGAGUUGGUGAAUCAGCUGGUGACUGCUUCAGAAAUUUCUGGUGCUUCACCUAGGGGUAGGAAGAGAACAUCCGCAGAAGUUCUGCAAAGACUGACUGCAAGACACUUCAUCUGCCACUUGCCAUCAUCAGGAAAGAGAGAUCAUGCUAAGCGCCGAUGUGUUGUAUGUGGACCUGCUGAAGCAGAGUUAUUCAGAAGUUCUCAUCCUGAUGAACCAGUGCCGAAACGAACUGGGCGAGAAACUUCAUUUCAGUGCAAACAAUGCCAAGUGGCACUGUGCAUUGAGCCAUGCUUUGAACUUUUCCACACAAAGUCUGAAUAUGUGCUGGCAUACAAACGCCAAAAGUCUGCACUGGAGGAAUAGACUUUUAAA